AUUCGGCCUAAUCUUAGGCUAGUGUCUAGACUAGACACAUCUUAGACUUUUGACGGCAAGCACAGAUCAGCUUCUCUUCUUACAGAAAUCAUGGAGUUUCUAAAAGCCAUGGAUGAAGCCAACAAGCAAGGCAUCUCAAGUACAGAUUUUGCCAAGAUCUGGGACCUUGAGACCAGGCUCAAACUUCAGAAAGCUGAGGCCAGAACACUGGAGCUUAAAAUAGCUUGUGCAAAACAAAUGGAAGGUCACCCCCACGCCAUGGACGACACCCUACAGCAGUUCAUCUCUAGCCAGUACCAGCUGCUCCAGCAACUAAAAAAUGACCUGGUUUUACAACUCCAAGUUCAGUUCCAGGAGGUAGGGAAACUUAUUGAAAGCCAAGCCAACCUCACAGGUCCAGUAGUCAGAAGGGAGCUGGACAUUGCCUUCAGACAGCAUGGAUUUUCAUCCAACUUGCAGCCAUCAGUAACAAGUGGAGGAUUAUCUUAUUCCAACAUGUUGGGGGACUCGUUAAGUAUAAGACUUGAUCAAAACCAUCCAAGUGUGGCGCUUUAUGGCACAUCUUUCCCUAACAUUACCAACAAUGCUGGCAUUACGGCUCUAGAGCCUAAAGCUAAGCGUCCACGACGCAAGAACAAAAUGACACCAAUGAAAUCAGCAUCAAACUCUGAUGACAGUAAAGAAGUAGAUGUGAGUGAAUUGGAGUUUCUUCCACCUGAGGGUGCUGAGCUUGUUGUCAGGGAUGCUCAGCUUAUGUCCAACACAGGCAAGUUUCAUGUUUCCAAGUAUUUUAUCCUAACAGGCUUUCCCCUCAAAGCCAGAUUGAAUGUUUGGUUUGGUGCCCAGGCACAGCUGUUUGUCUACCUGUCCAUCAGUGGGACUGAGGAGCAGGUGCUCAACAUGGCCCAUGUGUUUGAUUGUGUAGGCUUCAUAGCAGACAGAAGCACUGGAACCUUUUCCCAACUCUUUGAGGUGAAGAGCAACCCUAUCAGGAGAGUGAAGCUGACAGAGACACAGUUUAAAGCUGUUGUGUGUCUUCAGACAGCAGCCGGAGCCUCCAAGGAUGUUAGCUAUGCCAAGCUGGAGAGUAUGGGGUUCAUAGUUGAUGACUCGUUCACCAUUAAUUGGAAUGUGAGUUCUAGGAAAUUCCUUCCCAAAGUAGUUGAGAAGACUGAAGGAGAAACUGUAGAAAUUGACAAAACUUAGCCUAAUACUGAGCUCAAAUGGUUAUGCAAUCAAUGCAUUGUAUAUGAGUAAUUGUUUUGUAUUGUUUAAUACUUUAAAAUUUAUAUUAUUUCUUAAACAGAAGACAAACAAUAUUAUUAUUAUGUUAAUUUUGUCAUAAUUUUGGUACUGUGAAAUAUUUGAAGAAAAAAGGUUGGAAAUUGGAAAUGUUAUUUUCUGGGUGUUGGCUUUUAAGAAUUAGCACAAUGAAGUAAAAAUGUUUAGACCUGGACUAAAACACUGCAUAGCUGACUACAAGUAACCUCAAUUAUUAACAAAGUAACAGUAACAGUUACUAUUCCAACACAUUUCUUACCCCCACUUAUUUCAACCUGGUUGUUUCCAGAUCUGAAUCUGUAAUGCCACUGAGAAUAAGGGCUGUAAUUAUAAGAUUCUACUUGUAAUUAUUUUCUUAACUUUUGUAAACUUCAUCAACUAUUUUCUUUAAAUCUCCAUUAACUAUCACAUUUGUAAUUCUCCUGAUAUAUUUCAUUUAAUUUUUUAAUUGCUAUUUUUAGCUUGAUAAAAGAUUUUGUUUGCUGAAUGAAAGUUAUCUUAAUUUUGUUGUAUUAAAUGCCACAAUUUUGUUAAAUUGAUUUAAUUUAUCCAAGUGGCUUGUUGAAAAUGACAUUGUAUUAACAACUGAUCUAUUGUAUGACUGAACACAAUAAUUAAAAUCAUGAUUGUCA